UCCAAAAGUCAACACGCCACCCAGCCAGACAAACAGAAAGGACCAAACUUCAGUCUCACCGGACCUGGUGCUCCAGCAGGAUCCUCUGGCACCAUGUCUCAAUCCAUCUUUCCAUCAUUGCUGCAGUUAGCUCUGCUUUUUCUUCAGAUGCUGUGUGUAAAGGUUGAGGGGUCAGCACUGGUUCCCAGUGAACUUGCUCCAGUUCCUUGCAACGACAAGGCUGUGGAGAAGCUGUCUCGUCUGGCUCUCACCUACGUCAACGAGGAUCGCGCUAAUGGCUAUAAGUUUGCCCUAAAUCGCAUCGCCAAUGUCCACCUCCAUGCUCAGGGCCCAGCAGGUAACGUGUAUUACCUUGACCUGGAUGUCCUGGAAACCAAGUGUUACAUCGGUAGUCCAAAACCAUGGAAACGCUGCGACGUUCGACCAUUCAUGGAAACGCAAAUCUCCGGUAACUGCAACACCACCAUCCUCCACACAUCGGAAGGUUACUCCUACCUGUACAGUUACGACUGCACGCUGGUGCCAGACCCGGCCGAAAAGCUGCAACAGACAUGUCCCACCUGCCCCGUCCUACUUCCCGUUGACAGCCAACAAGCUGUGCUGGCUGUUCAGGUGGCGCUGGCCUCCUAUAAGAGUCAGUCCACUCUGGCCGCUGGCCUCGGAGUCAAGCGGAUCACCCGAGCUGCCGAGCAAACAAUGCCGGUGAAAGCGCGAUUUGUGGAAUUUACACUCCACGAGUGUCCGGAGGGAGUGACAGAAAAAGGCAACUGCCAGCGGUCGACUCCUGCUUCAGACACUGAGACUGCAGGCUUUUGUACAGCAUCGGUCCAUGGAGACAUGCACGCUCAUCCAGACAUUCAAGUGUCCUGCCAGAUGUUCAAAACACAGAACGUGGACGUCCUUCGCCCACUACAGCCACAAGGUCACGACCUCCCCUUCCAGCCUGACAUCCCAACGCUACCUCCAUCUCAUCACCCAGGAAAAGAGCAGCAGCGGCCUGCUCAUUUAGACCCCACACUGCUCCCUGAUCCAUUUGAGCCCACAUGGCUCCCUGAUCCUCAACCUGCACCAUUUGAGCCCACAUUGCUCCCUGAUCCUCAACCUGCACCAUUUGAGCCCACGCACAUUCUCCCCAGUCCUUCAAGGAAGCCUCCAAUCACCUUCAGCUCAUCUUCCAGCGAAUCUGACGAAGAUCUCUCAUCCUCUGAGGAGCUAGGAGGCAUUGUGGCUUUACGCCCACCGCUGGACUUUCACUAUAAGAGGCAGGAGCGCAAGAGACGGCAGGCCUUGACGCAAGGUUCACCAUCCCACAAACCAACGUUCCUGUCUGAUUUCCCGAGUGGACCGUCGCCUUUCCGUUCUUGCCCUGGUCCUGCACGAUACACCACGGUUUAGAAGGCCCAUUGUCUGUGUGCUGUGUAUUUGGUCAAGGAUGGCUGCUAACAGAGUAAAUACUCGGUCGUGACGUGACUCUUGCCAUCGUGUAGCCAAACUAAAUUCAAAUGCAGGGAGAUUUGGGUGGUUGGAAUUUGAAGUAGGUGAGCAAUUCAAGUUUGAACUCUGACUUUUGGCACCAGCGCGUUGGAAAAGAAAAAAAAUCAUAAAGUAUUAAGGUCUCAGCAACACUAAUAAUGAGUAUAAUACCUAUCUGUAUCCAUAUUUCCACACAUCCUUACAGCUUUCCAUAAAUCCCCAUUCUUUCCCAAGGGGAUUUUCCAGUUCUGAAAAUUCCCACAAUGUUGAGUGAGUACUGUAUGAGUGGAUUUGCUCUGACUGGGCUGACUUUCCAUGUAGCAUGCACUUACUGUGCGACAGGGGGCGGCAGAGAUCUGUCUGUUCCGGUACAGGCAUCUCAGGCCGGCAUUUAGUUGUGUUUCUUUCUUUUAUUCAUUGUAGAAAUCUGCUGCACGUUAUGGCGUCAUCAACACGACUUUAAUUUCCAUGUAACUUUCUUUUUCUUGAACGAAAGCCACGUGUGAACAUUGGACAUUUCCGAUGGUCCGUGAAAGCAGCGACCGAGUUUUUAAAUGAGAAGCAGAUUUGGAGUUCGGGAGGCUGGGAGGAGUGGCUUGCCAAACUUCUGCCUCCGGAGCCAAACGACUAGUCGAGCAGCGACAGUAGUCUUCCUUCUUCCAGAUAGAUCUCGCUCGAAACACCUGGGCAGAAAAAAAAAAGAGAAAAAAUACGACGCUUGAGGACUACAAGAAAAAAAGGUAAA